AGUGAAAAAAAGGACGUAGUUUAUGUGAGAGCCUUGGAGCGAGGGCUGUAAUAUUAUUGAAUGUUUCGUAAUAAUAAAAAAAUAACUAUCUUUCCAGUUUGAAAUGUCCGAAAAUAAUUUUACGGCAGUAAAAUGUCGGAAUGGUAUUGGAAGGUUAUAGCUUUGAAGGCCGCAUUCGUUCUUACAUGCUUUGUAAGUUCAUUUCGAGCCGAAGAAACUGUCCAUGAAUUACCGUUUUGCAACCCUCACUAUGUAAAUACAGACAAAAAUGAUCUAAUGAUUGUGAGUACCCUAGACGGCAAGCUGACAGCAUUCUCAACAGCAGACGGAUCCAAGGCUUGGGAAAUUGAGACACAACCCCUUCUGUCUUCUAAUUUACAUCAUGUUGAACUCACAGCGGGAGGCAAGUGGGUGCGCCUGGUCCCAUCUCUCCGAGGAACCCUGUACAGCCUCAGCGGAGACAACAUUGAGCCUUUACCUUUUGACGCAGACCAGCUCUUAUCAUCCUCAUUCAAGUACUCCGAAGACUUAGUCAUAGCUGGUGCAAAAGAAACUGUUUGGCAAGGCAUAGACACAACUACGGGCAGUGUGCUCUACGAAUGUGGCUCCGCGGGUUGUAGCAGCGAACAGCAAGCAACCGCGGCCGGAAGACAUGUGCUAGUGCUUCGCCGUCAUGCAAAUACUGUGCGAGCGCUUGACCCACGCUCCGGGCAAGAGAAAUGGAACUUCAGUGUAGCGGAGCAUCAGCUAGCUUUAUCUGUCAGUCCGGACUGCUUAGGUCCGGCGACCGCCGGUGCUGGACAAGUGGCCGUGCACGUCGCCAUGCCUGAGGGUACGGUCGGCGUCGCAAGGCCCGGCGAGACCGAGUAUCUAUGGCAGCAGCAGCUAGAAUCGCCAGUAGCAGGCAUGUGGCGCCUCCAAGCGGGCGCUCUAAAAACUAUCGACGUACUAUGGGAAUGUACCAGAGCCCUCACAGACGAUGGCGCCCUUCCUCCACAACUUUACAUUGGGGUGCACCGCACACAGCUAUACAUCCAAGAAAGCCACCUCUACGUCCAGAAACUAGAAAGCUCAGUAGCGGCAUCACCAAUACCUUGGAAGCUAAAACAAUCUCGGCCCUUACUGAACGGCGGUGACACCGCGCUCUCACUACAAGACCCCCCGGCCAACUCGCUCGUCACAUUAUACACGGCUCCGGUGACUUCGAACCACGGCUUCUUCCUCUACCUCCAAGAAACCUGCGACCAGGCGGUCCAGGUGACCGAAGACUUCUCCGAACCCCCGCCCGUCAUCAACGAGCACCACCACAUCCACGUGCACGUGUCCUCGCUCUGGUUCUGGUGGAAGGAGGUGCUGCUGAUAGCCGUCAGCUCCGCGCUGCUGAUGAACCUGAUGAUCUGGCCGAGGUUCUUCGCGCCCAAGUUCAGGCCGCACACGCCCAUGCCCGUAGAUCAGGAGGUGGUAAUAGUAGAGCGGCAUUACGAUCGUCCUCCUUCAACCGGCGCCGAAUACAGCGGUCGCUACGAGAAUGACUUCACGCCGCUCCGCUGCUUGGGUCAAGGCGGUUUCGGGGUCGUUUUCGAGGCGAAAAACAAUAUAGACCACUGCUCGUACGCCGUCAAGAGGAUCACUCUACCUAGGAGAGAAUCAGAGCGUGAGCGUGUGCUUCGCGAAGUCCGCGCCCUGGCGAAGUUGGAGCACGAGAACAUCGUCCGGUACUUCAACUCGUGGGUGGAGGAGCCGCCGCCCAACUGGCAGGAGCAGCGAGACGCCUUGUGGAAACGUGAACUGAACGUGUCCGUGGAAAUGUCUGAGGACUACACGGUGGAGUCGCCCACGCCGGUGAAGCGACGCGAAAACAGCAUCAAACUCAACCUUCAUAAGAUGUGUGACGGAUGCGGGGACUCACCUUACUUUGAGAAGAGGAACAGGUCACUAAGCUGCAACGAAUCAUUCAGCAUAAUAUUCGACGAGCAGCCAGCGGGUCAAACGCCCACUCUACACACCCCUCCCAAGUCCACCGACGAUUCAUUCAUAGUGUUUGCGAAUGAAGACGAAGUCAGCAAGGUUUCGGAAGCGAGGAGAGACGGGUCCAUAGACAAGAGGUUGGAGAGAGUGAAAGAGUCCGAUAGCUAUGUGAAGAGUACGAGUAGUACGGGGAAGAAGAAGAAGGGCCACACCCGGCACUGGUCGCUCGACAUGGUAGUGCGAGAGAGUGUAACACCGAUGGCGUCCAAGAUGUACCUAUACAUACAAAUGCAGCUGUGUAUGAGAGAUAGCUUGCACGACUGGCUCAGACAGAACAGGACAAGGGAAUCCAGGGCCGAUAAAAUUAAAACCCUCUUCAGCCAAAUAGUGUCAGCGGUGGAGUACGUGCACCUAGCGGGGCUCAUCCACCGCGAUCUCAAGCCCAGUAACAUAUUGUUCGCGCCCGACGGCCGGGUCAAGGUGGGCGACUUCGGGCUGGUCACCACUAUGGGCGAUAGUUCGUCGGACGGCUCGACGCCGGAGCAGAUGGAUGUGUAUGCUAGACAUACGUAUAAAGUGGGCACCCGCCUAUACAUGUCGCCAGAACAACUAGCGGAGCGGCCUUACAGCUACAAAGUGGACAUCUACUCCCUCGGCGUGAUCCUAUUCGAGUUGCUACAGCCAUUCGACACGGAAUCAGAACGUGUCGCCAAACUGACUGCGCUCAGAGCCGCGCACUACCCCGCUGAUUUUAUCGCUGACUGUCCCAGCGAGGUGGAGGUGCUAAAGCUGAUGCUGAGCGAGGACCCGUCGCGGCGGCCGACCGCCAGCGGCGUGCGCGCGCGGGCGCCGCUCCACCAGCGCACCGACGACGCCUUCCACUUCACCCUGCCCCCCGGCCCCGGCCCCGGCCCUUCCCCGGUGGUCGCGUGACACAUUCCCGACCUUGUGUCACCAGGUUAGAGUUUCAUUUUGAAUGCAGGCUGUCCCAACAUUUUCCAUAUAUUGGUCCUUCGAACCGGAUCAGCAGGCAAAACUGCCUUGAAGUUUAUGUGGAAAUAUAUUUUGCUCAUUUGAAGGAAGGGAUUGGGUAGGUUUUAACUUUUUCGACGCCAAUGACAGAUAUAUCCGGCACCGUAGUUCCAACGCCAAAGACGGAUUAAUCCGUCACUGACCACAUAGCAACAUAGACCUAUGUGCAUAUGCAUAAAGUUCAGUUCGACUUCGGUGACGUGGCGUCCGAGUGACAGCUAUUGUGUUUGACACGGCGUCGAAAAAGUUAAGAGACGCAGAGAUAUGAAUUAUUUAUUAUCUAAAAAUGGCUAUUAAGUGCGAAAAUGGCAUUAGUGACUGCAUACAAUUAAUAAUUUUUGUUUUAAAAAUCGAUAAAAUAAGACGUGAUGCAUUUAUAAUUCCAGUUUAAAAUAUCACAAUUAAUAAGUUAUAUUGAUUAUGAGUCAAAAUUUAAACAAAAGUACAUAUGUUCAUUGCGUAUCGUUUUAAUGACUUAGUGACAGCGCGGAAUGCGUCAGUAAUUUACUGUUAAAAUUUUGAUGACAUUUUCGGAAUGUUUUUACUUUGCGUUGUAAAAUUAGUAAUUUUUUCGUGUUUUUUUUUUUAUGUAAUAGGAAGCAAAUGUUACUUGUAAUUCAAUCUAAAGUUAUCAAGUCCUCCAAAGUACCUAGUAAUUCAGUUAAUUAAUAGUUUCAAAUUUAAUUUUGUAAAUUUAAGGAAACGUUAAUUACAAAUCAGUAAUUAAAGAUGUUUAGAUAUAUGACUAUGUAAGUAUUUUUUAUGCAUUUCAUGUCGCAGCUGUAAUUUGUCAGUUUAGACAAAGCCUUUUCAUUUAUAUGUCGAAAAUAAAAAGCUGCGACUAAAUUUUGUGUUGUCCAAUAUCAAUGACAGCUAGAGGCGGCAUUCGGGAUGUGUUUUGAUAUCUCUAUCAAUAUUGCCGAUUUGUGAUGUCACGAAUUAUGACAGAUCAAUAAUUUCAUUUUAUUUCCUUUAUUGGGGAAAAAAACAGAUACAGGCCAAUAAUAAGCAAUAUUUCGAGAUAUCGUCAAAACAUAUGAAUAGUUUCGCCCAAGUAGGAUUGUUAAUUACGAUGGCAAAUUAAGCUUUUAAUAAGAAAGGUAUUGUUCAGUCAAGUCAUUAAUAUUAAGUUUCUUCACCUUAAUCCGUUGAAAUAAGGUGAGAAAUUGUAUACAAACUUUUAGCUUUCACUGUACUUAGAGUUGUACCACGCUAGGUCAAGUAUGGAGGCUUAUAUGUAUGGAUUCUUACUGCCAAGUUAGCGUGGUCAGUCUAAUACAGCCAAUCCUGGAUACGAGGAUUCUUGAAACGUUCCCAGUUAUAUUUAUAGUUAAUUAUAUCUUAGUUAUGCUAAUCCCCCGUAUCGAGGUUCAGCUGUAUCAAGACUAAUGACGAUAUUCAUACACGCUUGUGAAGCCUAACAAGCCCUUGGUAAUAAUAGUUUAUUCGAUAAGGAUCCAUCAUUUUCAUAUUUGUGUUUGUUAGAAAGGGAAAAAAUGUAACCCUUUGAACGCCACGCCGUAUAUAUUUUUUCCUUUGAAAGCCUAAUUUGUGAUAUUAUUUUAAUUAAUUUUGUGAAUAAUAAACAAUGUUACAUAAAGAAGCCGUCUGAUCUAGUAACGAGGGUCUACGGGUUUACGUCUCACUUUGUAUGGAGGCUUUGAUGUACGAUAAUGGAAUUUUAAAUCCCCGGCAAGCUCGGCCGAAUUUCAACAUCCCAUACAAACUGAGUUUCGUUCUCAUUUUAAAACUACGUGUUGGAUUGUAAUGAAACUUUGCACAUACAAUGACAUUAGGUAUAUCUAGCUGUGUAAUUAGUUUUAUAUAGCUCUAGUAUAUAAAGCAAACGAAAUAGAGAAAAAAACAAGUUUUGUAUGAAAAACUUAAAAUCGCUGUAUUUUUUUAACUAUUGUAUCUGAAGCUACAUAAACUAUUUACAGACGUAGAUAUACCUUAUCCGAUACUAGCUAAAUUGCUCUGAAACUGUACUUACAAUAUAGAAUAGCAUUCAUUUAAACUACAUUUCAUAAUACGAGUAAGUACAGAGUUUCAGAGGAAUCUAGCUAGUCUUUUUAAAAUGAGAGCGUAACUGCGUUUGUAUGGAGAGCCGAGCUUGCUAUGGACUCUUAAGGGGCUCAAAAUCUUGUGUAAGCUAACAGGGGUAACAGGAGCAGUCCGUUUCAAAAACACACAUAGCAAUUUUAAGUUUAAGGGUCGGUUGCACCAAACCGUCUAUCACAGUUAAAGCGUUUGUUAAAUCUAGUUGUAUAGGAUUUUCCAUAGUUCUCUGCUGACUGAUAUUGAUCAGUCUGUCAAGUUUGGUUGGUGCUGACCUGGGCUAAAACCGCGAAAAUCGAAGUUCGCAAAUUGCGGGCAUUUUGUCAGUCACUCUAAUUACGCCUACAUUGGAGUAAAAGAGAAAGAUUCGCAAUUUGCGAAUUUCGGUUUUCGCGGUAGCCCCGCAGCUUCAUUGUUGUUAAGGUCUCUUUCCAUUGGUUAGGCGGUUCUGGUAUGCAUUUGUGAAAAUGGCUCGAGUUUUAGGGUCUAAUUUUAUUGCUGUUUAUUAUAAGUUUAGUUGUAAAAUAUAAGACCAAAUUUGUUAAUCCCUUUUGUUAGCUUUGACAUGAUUUAUGACUGCCGUAUAAAAUUCCUAAAAUUUACUCUAAGAUUAAUCUUAAGGCAAUAAGUGUGUAUGCAUUGAAAAUGUAAGACUGCCUCCGGUAUUAUGAAUGAAUGUUGGUAUUUUUGAUAAUGUCGGUUAUUUAAAACAAUGAGUUUGGAAAUAAAUUUAUUGCAUAAUAUAGUUAAGUUAAACACUUGUUAAGGAUCAUUUCGUAGCAUCACAUGCAUUGUUUAGUUUUAGAAGUUUAUUACUAUUGUAUGUAUUGCAUACUUUUGUGCGAGUCAUUAAUAAAUUAAUGUUGACAAAU